AUGCCUUUUAACACUGCUUUGACAAGGGCGCUGGGGAUCAAAGUAGUCCCGGUGGUCCAGGGUGGCAUGCAAUGGGUUGGAUAUGCAGAGCUCGCAGCCGCUGUCAGCAAUGCUGGCGGUCUUGGAAUCCUUACUGCUCUGACCCAACCUACCCCUGAAGAUCUCCGCAAAGAGAUUCGCAGAUGCCGAACUAUGACCAAAAACCCGUUCGGCGUCAACCUUACCCUUCUUCCUGCCCUCGUGCCUCCCGACUACGGCGCCUACGCCCAGGUGAUUAUCGACGAGGGCAUCAAUAUCGUUGAGACUGCCGGAAACAACCCUGGCCCGGUUAUCAGGCAGCUCAAGGCUGCUGGCGUCACCAUCCUUCACAAGUGCACAACCAUCCGCCACGCGAAAUCCGCCGUGAAGCUGGGCGUGGACUUCCUGUCUAUUGAUGGAUUUGAAUGUGCCGGCCACGUGGGCGAGCAUGACAUCACCAACUUCAUCCUUCUCAACCGCGCGCGCCAGGAUCUUGGCGUCCCCUUCAUUGCGUCCGGUGGGUUUGCUGACGGAUACGGCCUGGCUGCGGCACUGGCUCUGGGUGCCGAGGGAAUCAACAUGGGUACUCGAUUCAUGUGCACAGUGGAAGCGCCCAUCCACCCGAAGGUCAAGGAAGGUAUUGUCAACGCAGAGGAGACAGAUACUGCCCUAGUAAUGAGACGGUGGAAGAACACAACCCGAUUGUUUGCGAACGAGGUGACCAAGCAGGCGCUCCAGGUGGAGAAGGAGAGCCAAACAGGCGAGUUCAGUGAGAUCGCACCCUUUGUCAGCGGCAAGCGCGGCCGUGAGGUCUUCAUCAACGGUGAUGUUAAUUUUGGUGUCUGGACUGCCGGCCAGGUCAUCGGUUUGAUUCACGACAUCCCUACCUGCGCAGAAUUGCUGAACCGGAUUGAGGCCGAGGCUGUGGAAGCUAUGAGCCGAACGAAGUCGUUGUACACGGCAACACCACAAAGCAAACUCUAG